AUCCGAAACAUACAAGCAUAAGCCAAGAUAAGCGAAAAUAAAUGUGCUUAUAAAAAGCAGUCGAUGCCUUCAGCCAAAUCACAUUCUAUCAAAGGCUUCAGUAGUAAACAGUUGACAAGCGCAAACCCCAGCAACUUCAAGAUGAAAUUCUUUGCAACUGCCGUACUCGCUUUGGCGCUCUUUGGUGCACUCAUCGAAGCAUAUCCUCAAUCGCUGGGCGGCUCACUAAGCAGCAAUCCCAACGGUGGAGCCGAUGCGCGUCUGGAAUUGGCGAAGGGCAUUGGCACACCGGAUCACAAUUUGAUUGGCAAAGUCUUUGCUGCGGGCAACACGAAUGGUGGACCAGUGGCUACUGGUGGUGCCUUGGCUUAUAAUAAGUAA